AUGGAGAAAUUGGCUCUGCUGGGACUUCUGUUGCUUCUUCUCUUGGAUAGUGCGAGAGCAGAAAGUUUCCUCGGCAUCACAUUCUGGAAUGGCGUGGAUUAUAAUCUAAAGCCGGCCCCGGCAUGCUAUCGCCGUCUAGCCCAGUGCUACGAAUCAUGCAAGACAACAUUUGACCACUGCUACAUAAAAGAAAGGCGAUACAGACAAUGGAGCGUUCAGCUAGGAGACCCAUGGGACUCGUGCGAGCAGUAUAACCCGGAGAAGCACAUAGCCAAGGAUCUCAAACUGUUCACUUCAGCCUUGCGCAACGAGAGGCAAGAUCCGCACUCAUUCCCGCGUGCUAAGGACAACGAGCGCGAGCAGCAUUUCAUGAACAUGGUUUUCGGUGUUUUGGCAGUCAUCGGGGAACAAGGACGCAAGUACCGUUGGGACAAUAAUUCGGAAAUCCUGCCGUAUAUGGUCCAGCUUCAUAACUUCUGGUCAACGCCGGUUGAGGAUCUUGUAACCCAUACAUACAACGCGCAAGAUGGGAAGUGGGAAACUGAGAAAAGCCCGCGUGCCUACAUCGACUGGCAGAGGCAAACGUACGGCCGCCCGCGUACGGACAAUUCGUGGAAGGGAUACAAGAAGAUUGAUCCCUUAGCAGUGGCAGAGUUGGAGGGAUUGAUGACGCAAAGUCGCAGUAUCAUAGAUCAUUUGGGGUUCCUUCUUCAUGAGUUUUCGCACCGUUCUGGGGUCAGGGCGACGUUGCCAGAAACGCCAUGGAACUGCCUGACGGAUGGUCAAGGAUCAUGCAAGGACUACUUGCUAGGGCCAAUGGUCUUCCGGUCGUUCGCCGCUCCACGGAUAAUGACGUUCCAACGGAUACCUGAAUAUGAUCGGUGGCAAACAAGUGAUGGACAAUAUAAAAUCACCGAGGACUCAGCGCACCUGCCGAGACCCGACUUGGUGUUUUCGGAAUUGGAAGAGGCAGUGAGAGACGGCAGCUGGGACUCGUGGAAAACUUACUAG